AUGGAAGAAUUAUCAAAGACCCGAAGAAGAAAGGAAAAACUAUCUAAGCCUCUACUUCCUGAGGACAUUCCUAGGAGGGCUGAAGAAGUCAACCUGGAUGUUCAUGAGAGGGAUGUUGAGGAGUUCCGCAAUAUUUUGGAUAUUCAACCUAAGAGUGGGGUAUUUUUCUAUAUCCGAAUUCCAGGCCUGAUAUGUGUGGGUGUUCUAGCAGGAUACUUGAUAGGAAAGUUUAACUUCAGUGUUGUAAAUCUGUUUUUUGUUGGAUAUGCGAUUUUCUUUGUGUAUGGCAGAAAGAUCGAAAGAUUUACUCGGAGCCUGAAGUCAUUGGUUUAUCAUAAUGCAAGGAAGGAAAAGGCAAGGAACAAUGGUGAGACUGUUGAGUGGCUGAACUACAUUGCCAGGAAGAUUUGGGAGGUUGCAGAGCCUGUGGUGUCUGCACAGGUGUAUCAGAAUGUGAAUAACGAGCUUUUAAAGGUUACGCCUCCUUUUCUGAAUGGAUUGAGACUGACUGAGUUUACACUUGGAAGCCGCUCUCCAAUUGUAGAAGGGGUUUCCUAUAUCAAUAUGGAUGGACAUGCGCUUGCAGUGGAGAUGGAUGUUGCUUUUAUACCUCUUGAAACAAGCAAGGAUGUUGUGAGGUAUCUUGAGGGAGGCCAGAAGAACUGGAAUUCGAAGAUUCAGCUAUCAGCCAGGGUUGGUACAAAGAAUGGAAUUGGGAUCAAUCUCCCGAUUCUUGUUAAGGAGCUAUUUUUCAAGGGGAAGAUUAGAAUUGCAGCAAAUCUAUUUUCAAAGAAUGUGUUUGUUAAGGAUGUUGAGGUAUGUCUGAUGGAUAUGCCAGAGAUUGACUUUACUCUUGUUCCUCUGAAGACAGUGGAUGUGAUGGAUGUUCCUGGAUUAAGCAGAUGGAUUAGGAGCAUUAUUGGAUCGGCGCUUUCUUCCACGAUUGUGAACCCGAAUUCAAUUGUUGUUGAUGUUGACAAGAUAUCUAAGGAUAAAGGCAAGAUUAUUGGGGUAGUAUGUCUGCAGAUCCUGGAUGUUGAGAAUGAUGGGGAUGAAAGGUUACAGGCGGAGAUUGAUGUUGAUGGUCGCGUAGGAUACCAGACAAGGUAUGUUGGAGGACGUGGGAUUGUGUACAACGAGCACUUUUACAUUCCUAUUGAGAAUGUGGACUCGAAGAUUGGAAUAUCACUGAGAAGCGAAUCGAAGAAUACAAGAAGAAGAAGCGGGUCGAUUUUCCUGAAGAAUCUGCCGCUUGGAAAGAUUGAAGAGUUUUCAAGGAAUGGAAUGUAUGAUCCACGAAGGACGUUUUUCAGUAAAGCCAGACUGAUAAGGGAUGAGCAAACGUAUUCAUUUGCAAACACUAAUAUGCAGUUCUACCCACUACAGGAAAAACGGAGCAAUAGCGGAAUAGUGAAGAUGACGCUUGUUGGAAUUGAGGAUCUUCAAGGCAAUAAGAUGCCGAAGACAUCGAUGUACUCUACAUUUUGCACGGUGAUAGUGUCGCCAAUCAACAGGGAAGAGUCGAGCAUUCCGAUUAGAUUUAUUGAGAAUACGGUGAAUGUAGGUGCUCUGAUGAUGAGUGGGAUUAUAGAUACAAGCGGAGGGAUGAUUUCAGGGAUUCUACCAGGACUUGAAACAACGAGUACAAGGCUGCUGCCAUCUUCAAAAAGUACUUUCUAUGUGUUUGAGUCGAAAAGGAUAUUUGCAACGAACUCACCGCUGUAUAAUGAAAGCUUUAUGUUUUUCUGUAGGGACAUACAGGUUGAUGUGGUAUCGGUGUGUGUGCUGAACGACAAGACAAACGAGGUGAUAGGUCGUGUAUCGAUUCCUGUGAAGGAUAUCCACUUCAACAAGAAGGAGAAGUACAAGUUGAAUGAUGCGCAGAGCGGAAGGAUGGAGCUAGAAUUUUCGAUUGACUAUGUGGACAUGGUUGACAAGGCAGCCAGGUUUAUAGAGUACGAGAGAGUUAUGAAGGUUUCUGUAGACUCAAUGAGCGAGAAGGGUGUGUACUAUGCAAUUGUUGAAACUAAUACAGACUGCUUUAGAAUGGAGACAUUUACAUCUGUUCUACCAGUGAAGAGGGCGGUGCAUGUUCCUGUGCAGAAGCACGAUAGCAUGAAGUUCAGGUUGUACAAGGAGACGAUUAAUGGAGAUGUAUUUAUUGGAGAGGAUAUAAUAAGCUGUAGCGAUGAGAGUAGAGUAGAAGCGCUUCUGUUUGAUGAUCACAUCAGUCUAACACUUAGGAUUGAGAGUGAAGAGCUUAAGAACUACACAGGAGCGCCGGAGGACAAAGAAGGUGUCAAGGUUAUGCAGGCCAGAUUCGGGAAGUUCCAUGGAGCCAACAACCAAGAGAUGUUUGUUGAGUUUAGAAAUAAAUAUGGGGUGAUUAAGGCAUCUGGAUUCACCAGAAGUGGAGAAUUGAAUGAUGUAUUUACAUUUGUAUCUGGAGCAGAGGAGAUAUAUGCAAUAGUGAAGAGUGGAAACCAGUCUUCGAAUAAGAUAGUGGGGAAGUGCAUGAUUCCGAAGAGAAUGCUUAAUGAGAAGGUUGUUUUGAAUGAGUCAGGGCUUUCUGUUGAUAUGGAAGUGCAGAUCCAGGGAUGUUCGUACAAACCUGAGUCGAUGCUUAAGAAGGGAUAUCUUGAGGUAUAUAUCAAGAGCGGAAAGUAUAUUCGACCAGCAGUACAGGGCAGCUCUGUGGACACAUAUUGUAAGAUCCUGAUUAAUGAGGCAAAGGUUUACUCUACAAAGCCUGUGCGUAGGAGCACGAAUCCUGUCUUCAAUGAAUCAUUUAUUAUGGAGAUAGACAAGACGAAGGAUGUCCUUGGGAUCCAGAUAUGUGAUUAUAAUGUAUCUGAGCGGAACUCGCUGCUCUGCUAUACGGAGUUUUCUCUGCACAACCUAGUUGAAGGCUUUAGCGAGAUGGAGCUUGAGAUUUUUGAUGCAAAGACGUUCCGAUCGAUUGACUCCAAUGUUUCUAUUGGAUUCAAUUUCUGUACAGAUCACAAGAGUCUCAGCAUCAAGAAGCGAAGUGUUUUUGGGGAUCUGUUUGGAUUCUGA